AUGGGUAAGGGAGUGUUCUUCACCUCCGCCUCCAUGGUUCUCGCCGUCAUAAUCACCGCCACCCUCCGCUCCCACCACCACCACCACUACGUCAGCCACCCCAAUAACUCAUCAUCAUUCACAGACCUCGCAUCCAACGCCUCCCAAUUGCUCCGAUCAAAUGGGUUCAACUUCAUAGCCACCUUCCUCCACAUCACGCCGGAGCUCUUCCUCUCAACACCACAAUCCACCGUCUUCGCCAUCCCUGAUGCCGCCAUCACCAACCUCUCCAUCCCGCCUUACAUGACCAAACAACUCCUUGCGUACCACAUUUCUCCUUCCAAAUUAACCAUUCAAGAUUUGUUCAAGAAACCCACAAAAACCUGCUUACCCACCUUGAUUUCACAGCAGAGAAUUAUGAUCACGAAGAACGAUUACAAGAAUCGUGUUCUUGAAAUCAAUAACAUGUUGAUUACUCACCCGGAUCUGUUUCUUCAAGGAACCGUCGCGAUUCAUGGUGUCGCGGGUUCUUUUGCUUCGUUCGAUCAUCAUCAAGAAAACAUCAAGUUACCAGUUUGUGAAUCCGAUCACAGUGGUGGUCCUAGUUCUACCGGCAGUCUCAUCAAGAACAAAGAUGAAUGGGGAAAAGUGGUCAAAUUUCUCAGUUCAUCCGGGUUCAUGCCAUUCGCAAUCGGAUUGAACUCGGUCACAGACGGGAUUCUUAAAGAUUUUCCAGAUUUGAAGUCGGUGACGAUUUUCACGCCUCCAAAUAUCGCGUUAAUGGCCAUGCCUUCACCAUUGCUGGAUAAAUUCAUGAGGUUUCAUAUAGUUCCACAGAGACAUUCUUUCCGACAGUUAGCUGGAUUUCCAGCAGGUUCAUCGCUAGGAACGCUGGUUAAAGGUAAACAUGUUGACAUUACGGAAACAUCAAAACUUUCCCAAAUCGUUUCUAUCAACGGAGUGGCGAUUACUGCACCGGAUGUGUUUGUAUCGAAGAAUUUCAUUGUACACGGAAUUGCUCGCCCUUUGAGUAUGGACGAGCUUUCUAGCAUGUCUAGAUAAAAACGUUGUAUUCUUUA